AUGGCCCACACAUGGGGCCCCCAAAGGCUUGCAGGUGGGCAGCCGCAGGCCAACUUUGAGGAGAGCACCCAGGGGAGCAUCUUUACCUACACCAACAGCAACUCCACCAGAGAUCCCUUUGAAGGCCCCAAUUACCACAUUGCUCCCAGAUGGGUGUAUCACCUCACCAGCGCCUGGAUGGUCUUCGUGGUCAUCGCGUCUGUCUUCACUAAUGGGCUCGUGCUGGCAGCCACCAUGAGGUUCAAGAAGCUCCGCCACCCUCUCAACUGGAUCCUGGUCAACUUGGCCAUUGCUGACCUGGCAGAGACCAUCAUCGCCAGCACCAUCAGCGUUGUGAACCAGAUGUAUGGCUACUUUGUGCUGGGCCACCCGCUGUGUGUCGUGGAGGGCUACACUGUCUCUUUGUGUGGGAUCACCGGUCUCUGGUCCUUGGCCAUCAUCUCCUGGGAGAGGUGGAUGGUGGUCUGCAAGCCCUUUGGCAACGUCAGAUUUGAUGCCAAGUUGGCCACUGCGGGCAUCGCCUUCUCCUGGAUCUGGGCUGCUGUGUGGACGGCUCCACCCAUCUUUGGUUGGAGUAGGUACUGGCCCCACGGCCUGAAGACUUCAUGUGGCCCUGAUGUGUUCAGUGGCAGCUCCUACCCAGGGGUGCAGUCGUACAUGAUCGUUCUCAUGAUCACGUGUUGCUUCAUCCCGCUCAGCGUCAUCAUCCUUUGCUACCUGCAAGUGUGGCUGGCCAUCCGAGCGGUGGCAAAGCAGCAGAAAGAAUCUGAGUCCACCCAGAAGGCGGAGAAGGAGGUAACCCGCAUGGUGAUGGUGAUGAUCUUUGCCUACUGUCUCUGCUGGGGGCCCUACACCUUCUUUGCCUGCUUCGCCGCUGCACACCCCGGCUAUGCCUUCCACCCUCUGGUGGCUGCCCUGCCAGCCUACUUUGCCAAAAGUGCCACUAUCUACAACCCCAUUAUCUAUGUCUUCAUGAACCGCCAGUUUCGAAACUGUAUCUUGCAACUUUUUGGGAAGAAGGUGGAUGACAGCUCUGAACUCUCCAGUGUUUCCAAAACAGAGGCAUCAUCUGUCUCUUCAGUGUCACCUGCAUGAGUCUCUGCCAGCCCUAAAAACGAAAACGCCUGCCUCCCGAAAACGGAAAACAGAACCUGUCCCCACCUCCAGGGCUUUGGCCCCCAUCCACCCCGCCUCCCCACCCUUCCUUCUCCAUCGCUGUGAAAUAAUCGUAGUUUCUCUUUGCCAAAAACAACCAUGUCACAGGGGCUGCCACUACCAUUUGGGGGCAACUGAGCCUCUGAGCAUUGGGUCACUGGGUCACGGGAGGGCACGCAGGGUAGAGAGGGGUGCAGUACUCCAGAGAUGUUCAUCUUUUAUAAGCCUCCUGUCUGCAGGUGGGAAAGAGAAGCGUGAAGCAGGUGGGCAUCACCAGGCUGCCAGGGAUGAACCAGGAAAGGCAGAGCUGAGCAGUGGCCAUCUGGAGAGGUGGGAGCAGCUAGUGAAGCCAGGCCCUUUAAGGCCCCCUGGGUGGAAGCUGAGAGGUCCUGGCAAACCGUCUCCACCUGGAGGGGACCCAGGCCUGCCAGUCGGGGGCAGAGAUGGUGUGCCACUUCUGCCAGGCCAGGGUGCUGAGCCCAAGGAGCAGGAGCAUGGUGCAGGUGUGCAGGCGCAAGUGCAGCAGCAGCAGGGGGCAGGCAUAAAUGCCAGACAGCAGGACCAGAAGCACCGUGGCCAGCAUCAGCAGCAGGCUCAUCAAGUGGCACAGCAUGUCCUAGGGCCAGCUCUGUGGGUGCUCUGUCAGCCCCAGCUGGGUCACCUGCUGCAGAGCCUCGAGCUUGCCCAUGCGGUUCUUGAAGGUCUCCAUGACCUCCUGCAGGAGGAAGACCGUGAAGCUGGGACCCCACAUCCCCACUGCCCAGGAGCCGGAGAGUCACAGAUUGUGCCCGAGUUCCCAGAUUGCCUAAGCCGGCCCCGGCUCCGGGGGAGGGCAGCAUGAUC